GAAAAACGGUGGACUUGAUAGGGGUUAAUACUCGAGGAACUGGUUGUUUUUCUAGUUUAAACUCGUAGUCAUUUUUUCCAAGAAGAUACUUAGAUUAAUAGGUAAACCAUAGAGGAAAUUGAGAAUGAUGAGUAUGUUUCACCAAGGUUCUCUCGGCUUGACGGCUUCGUCUAGAAGGCAUGCGGAAGAGGUUUUCGAAACGCCCGAAAGGCCUGAGCAGAGUUCAUCUUUGGCUCUCAAACAAGUGGAGGACGAGGGCGAUGGAGUUGCUGGAGGAAGGAGUAAGAAAGGUGGACGCAAUGGAACAAGUCGCGCACCAGACGCUGGAGAUGGCUCUGAUUUGGACGACACAAGCGCGGUUUCUUUGCAACUAGGAUUGCAACGAUUUCACGACACUCAAUAUGCAACGCUGCAUUUUGCGCCAGCUACCUCAAACAGUUCAAACAAGAAGGAUGCUACUGCUGGCGUUGAAGACAAAGGAAACAAGAUACAAAAGUCGACGUCGUCUUCAUCGCAACAACGAAGGGCGAAACGAGCGCUUGCGAAACAGAAGGACUUUUAAGGUGGAUGUUUUUGUCCAUUUUCAAUCUCGCUGGUUCGCUUCACAAGAAGGAGCAACAUAUCAUCGAUGAAAGACCAGGUACUACUUAUAGUUAACCCAACCCAUCUACUUCUUCAACAUGCACAUGAUCUAAAAGGUAGAGCAAAACCCGCGGCAACGACGUGAAGAGCGCGAAACACUGCAGAAUGAGCUGGUCACGUUUAAGAAGACUCUGGAUGCUGCAGCUGAAAUGGAUGACGAGGGAAUAGCACUGACUGGCGUCCAAAGUCGCGCACAACUCGAAGCCAUGAGGCGUGAGGUGAAUACGUUGUUGGAAGUGCUUGAGUUAUGAGCUGUUCCUCUGCAAGACCUUGCAUAGUACGCUGUGUUGGAAGGCUUCUACUCCAUCUUCUCGUUUCGAUGUUGUUCGUUUUUGAUGAUCAUUUGCGUUUGUUCAUCACUGUAAAUUUACUUAGGACCAUGGCUGCCAUGAUCUAAUCAACAACGGACGAAAAGAGGAAGAGGAGCAUUUACUCGAGGAGAGCCCAAUGGCUAUUGGCGGAAGUUCUUCUGCGUCUUCAGGUCCGAAGCUGGCAUUCGAGCAGCCUUUUGCUGAUCUCUCUCGCAACAGAAGGAAGGACGAACAACAGCAGAAGAGAAUCGACCUCAUGCUAGAGCGCGAGGAACGAAACUCGAAACUCGCUUUUGACAGCUUACAGCAGAGUCUGGAAGCGUGCCGGGAAAGAAUUCAGGAUACUAGCUUAGUUGGGGGCUUGAAUUCUUCAACACCUGCAGGAGAUGGAAAAGGUCAAGGAGGUCCAGCUACAUCAACGACACCAAACAAAGUGUACAAGAUCUAUCUCGACGAGGAAGAAGACCUUAGGGCAGAAGGAAGCACAACAGCAGCAUUAAAGUUGCUAGAGAAUCAGGUGACUGAACUUGAGAAACGGAUUUUCGGAAAGAAGGAGCCAGACGAAAAUGCUGAACCAAUACACGCUAGGAUAACACGUAUCAAUUUGUUUUGUUUACUAAGUACGUACAAGAAUUUGCAUUUUUACAACAUCAUUCUAAAUUUUCGUUUAUCUUCGACAUCAACUUGUUGUUCUUUCUUGCCUCAGGUUUCCUUUCUGCCUCCUCUAGGCUGAUUAUUUCGACUCAACACUGCAACAGGCCUUUCCUCUCUCCUACGAACACUCGACGUUGGCCGUGUUGACGCAGUAACACGAUCUGUUGCCCAGCUACGACAGCAGAUCUCUGAUCCAGCGACACAGGAAGUCGUAAGACACCUUGCGGAGGAGCGGCGAAAGGAGGCUUUACAAAGAGAGGCAAAAGCGAACAAGAACCGCUUGAAGAACUACACUGGUAAAAAGAGAAAAGGAGCCUUAUUUUAUAGUACUGGGGGGUCAACCUCAACAUCUUCUACGAUAAAAAGCCUAGGAGGUGAUGGGGAAGACAAGCAUUUCUUUGGCGACGAUUCAAGCGAAGACGAGGAUCCAGGGAAUCUAGAGACUCUCGAACUAUCGGAGGAUCCGGAAGUCCAACUAGAGCAGUUGUACCGUGUGACGGAGGACAUAUUCUCUGUCAGCGGUAGCCUGCCGCAUCUGGUGCAGCGCGCUGCCACACUACGCGAGUACCAAACAAAAGAAAAAGGAAUAUUAUGGCAGGCGAUGGUACUGAUAGGUUUUCAAGAAUAGCAUACUUAGACGGUAGUUGAGGUUGCACACUAAUAUUUGUAUUUCUCAGGUGUAACAUUUAGACGAGACUGCUUUAAAACCAGAAGCCAGAGUCGAGCAAAUGGAGAAGAAGCAAGCGGAGAUGCGAGAAAUCUUGAGGGCUGCCAAUAUGCAACUCGACGCACUGACGGUGUCGAUUGACAAGAGCGUGACCACAAUGCACAAGAAUCUUGCAAAGUUUGCUGGGUCAUAACCACGGCGUUCUCGGCACGUUGCCACAGUUCGUAUUAAGGAAAUCGAUAUCUUCCUUUUUCACUCGAAGGAAAAGGACAAGUAGUUCUUAUGCAAGAGAGCUAUAAUUCUUACAU